AAUGAUCACACAUGUAAUUGAGUAUGUUUAUAAUGUUUUACCUGUUAUUACAGAUGAUACAAAAAGGGGUGCCCAGGGGCCCACAGGAUUACUACGCCUAUGAUCAGGGGUACCAUCUUCCCCAGUAUGGUAGCCGGAGAAGAUUGAUGCCACCAUCUGAAAUGUAUGAUGGAUAUGGAGAAGAGAUCUUCGAUGACAGUGGUUACUAUCUCAGCCCACAUGGGCAUGAACAAGGGAUCCAAGGCAGGGGACGAGGCAGGAGGAAAAUUGAAAGUCUGCCUAGAAUAGCUGGAUUUAGUGACCAGCCCCCAGAUGAAGUGAUUGAAGAGACAAUGCCAUCAGAUUCAGUUGCAACACCUGGCAGCUUCAAAGGGGCCAAAACCUUAAAGUCAGUGGCCAAACUGAGUAAACUGUUAACAGCGAGAAAAAUCACUGAGCAAAAAGGUGAUGCACCUGUCACAGGUUACUCCGCGUGGAAAAAAGCCAAAAUGUUCCCAUGGAUCUUCUCCAAGAGUAAGAAAGAUAGUCGCUAUUCCAAGCUAACAUCUGCUAGCCGUGGUGAAAGCCAAGAAAGUAUGGAAUAUUUGCAAAAACUGGAUGGCAAGUCAUCGGCACAUAAAAAACUAAACAAAGUCCUCAAACGCAUCAACAUUGCAAAGAAGCUUCGAGAGCGAAAGCAGUCGCAAAGCACUGUGAGAAGCUCUGCUGAAAGUGAAAGGGAGGCGUCGGUAUCUCAAGCCGCCACGGAUUCUGAAACAGAAGACAAAAAGACAAAGGUCUCAAUCAGUGUUACUGAUGAAAGUGAACAGGAAGCCAGCACCUCAGAAAGAGAGAUCAGGGGGCGGAGAAAAAAGGCUCCUGAAGUUGAACAUUCUGAAACAAGUAGUACUGCACCAACUUCAGAAGACAAAGAUUACCUUAAAGUUGACCUAGACAGAGAUGAUGACAAUGAAAGUACUGUAGAUUCAGAAGAGGAACAGGAAGAACAACCUGAAGAUUCUGAUGAAGAAAGCAAGGACAAAUCCGAAAGAACUGACUCUCAUUCUGAAGAAGAAUCUGAAUCUGAAAAAGAGUCAGGAACAGGAAAAGACUCUGAAAAAGAGUCUGAAUCAGAGAAAGAAGAGUCUGAGUCACAGAAAGGAUCAAGUUCAGAGAAAGAAGAGUCUGAGUCGGAGAAAGGAUCAAGUUCAGAGAAAGAAGAGUCUGAGUCGGAGAAAGGAUCAAGUUCAGAGAAAGAAGAGUCAGAGAAAGGAUCAAGUUCAGAGAAAGAAGAAUCUGAGUCAGAGAAAGGAUCCACAGAAGCUGACAUGGAAGAAAGAAGCGGGACAUCAGAAGUAUCCAGAGAAAUAUCAUCACUGUCACAGAAGGGUUCAGUAUGCUCUUCAGGGAGCACUUCAGAGACAUCCGUGGGGAGCAGUAAUGCCAGUACUUCAAAGUCAAGUUCUCAGAGAUCUUCUGCUCAGUCUUCAAGUUCUUCCCUCAAGCAGACCAGAAAAUCUUCAGAAAGAUCUAGUGAAGGAAGCAGUGGAAGUGUGUCUGAAAGCGCAAUGACAAUAUCAUCAACAGGAAGAAGUGGGAGCUACAGAUCCAUGAAAUCAACAGCUGAAUCAAAGGGUACAAGUGAAGAAGGUGAGGUGGAGGCAAGUGAAGAAGGUGAACCAUCUAGCGAAGAAGAAGAUGAUGCUGACAGAGAGAGAAAAGAAUCUGACGGGGAGCUGAGUGAUUUGACAUUGUCCAGGAGAUCUAGUAUGUCAGCUGAGCAAAGUGGAGACACUCGUAGCAUGUACAGUGGACAGUACAGUACAGAGCCAAGUAUGGUGGGGACUUUAACUGAAAGCCAUGGUUUGUCUACCAUCAGUGAAUUGGAUGAGAAUGAAUUGUCAGGGGAGGGAGAUUCUACUUCCUUCUAAUCUGAAACAGAAGUCAUGAAAUUUUCUUAGUAGUUUUUUUUUUUAUAUAAUUCAAGAUUUUUUUUGUGGCUGAACUAAUCCUUUGUA